AUGGAUCCAAACGACCCCAAUUAUUAUUCAAAUUUUGGAUCUUUUUUUCACCCUCAAAAUUUUUCAAAUCCAGAAGAUGUUCAAAAUUCUCAGUAUUACGAGAAUUCUCAAUUUUCUCCACACCUCAACCAAAUUUCUACCCCUCACGAACAUCCCAUUUCACAAAAUAUCUCUCGGAAUUUAUUUCAAGAUGUCGAACACCCAAAGAAAAAUCAGAAAGCUGCAAAAAAUGUAGCUUGGUGCGUGAAAGAAGAUGUAGCGCUUAUGUCUUCUUGGAUCUGCGUUAGCGAAGAUAAGCAAAAAGGAAAAAAUCAAAGAGGGGCGACGAUGUGGGAACGUGUGCAGAAUAUGUAUCAUGAAGCUCAAAAAGAAAAUCCAGAUGAGAUCGGCCCAAGGAAUAUCGAAUCAAUGAAAGGUCGUUUUAAACGACUUAAUGAAAAUGCAAACAAGUGGAUUGCUGCUUGCAAAGAAGCAAAUGCUAGAAAAAGAAGUGGAAUGAGCCAGAAAGAUAUAGAGAUGGAAGCUCACUCAAUUUAUGAAGCAGGUGGCAGUAAAUUCCAAGACUUGGUUGUUUUCAAUGAUGUUAUGAGUAAACAUCCGAAGUGGAACUUAGCAAUCAAUGAAGUUGGUGAUGAUCAAGAAAGUGGUGGCAGCACAAAAAGGUCUAAGACUUCUGAAGAUGGUGAUUACUUUAUCCCGUCCAAUCCAGAAACUCCAACUACUGGCGGAUCUACUAUGUCUCGUCCUACAGGUAGAGAUAAAGCUAAAAGGAAAGGAAAAGGUAAGGCAAUGGCAUCUGAAUCAAAUGAAAUGUAUGAAGAAAUUCGUGCAUUGAGACUUAGUAGAGAUCAUGAAAAUGAGUUAAUGACUGCUAAAAUUGAAUUGGAACGUGAAAAGCUUAAAAUGAAUUCUCUGAAGAUGGAAAAGAAAAUGUUGGUCGCAUUGUUGGCGAAGGACCAUUUGUCUGCAGAAGAGGAAGAGAUGAAAAGCCACCUCAUUGCUAUUUUAUUUCCGAAGUAG